GUCUGUUUCCGGUAUCAAUGUGGCGGACUGUGCUCAUACUGGUACAGUUUGUAUUUUGAGAUGAAGGUUGUUCGGCCACUUGGAGUGCUGUUAAGAUAUCAUAACCUUGAAUGGUUGUACUCGGAUUACUCUACCCGAUACUACAGUACCAUGUUUUCGGCUCGGGGCCUCUCUCGUUCAGCUUCUCAGUAACUUAGUUAGGUUAGUUGGGUUAGUUAGCUCCGCGGUGGCGCUAAUGAAAGCUACCAUCGGCUGGACCACGGAAUGCCCCGGAGAAAGAAAACCGACCAGAGCCCCGCCAGAGUCCCCACCGGGCCGCCAGAGGGGGGAAGUCUCGCCCACAAUACGGAUUACCGACUCCCUCAACAGUGUGACCGUCCAAUGGCGAACAACUUUACAGCCAGCAGUUCCGAAAAGGAGAACAUCGUCAGAAACAUGCAGGAGAUGUUCGCACACCUGGACCCUGAUGUUAUUUACAUUGUGUUGUCCGAGUGUGACUUUAAAGUUGACAAUGCAAUGGACUCACUCUUGGAGUUGUCUGUGGCGGCUGAAGAUGCAUGCCCUGCUCCCAUUCCUGUGUCUGGCUUUGAGCGCACUGCUGCUGCCCUGCUCAGCCCCACUCACUUUACUGAACCAGACUCUUCUAAACCAUCACUGCAGCUGGUCUCCUCCCCUUCCCCUGUUCUGUCAGAAGAGCUGGAUCUGCUGCUUGAUCAGGAACUAGAGAUACUGACUACACAACAAGAUGGUACAAAGGAGCAUCACAAUAGCCAGCAUACAUCUGGUGGUUCACCCCCUUCCUCUUUCCCGCCACCUCAGUUUUCACAGCAGGUCCUCCCUGAGCUGCUUCAGUCCAGCUUGGAAUCUGGAUCUAGAGGAUCCUCUAUUGAGCAGCCACGCCUUCUGUCAGGCUCACUGGAGCAAGUGUCUGGAGCUUCCUCUCCACUCGAUCAGCUCAGUGCUUUUGAAGACAAGGUCACAGAAAGGCAGGAGUCAGUGUUGGAUUUUAAACAUUUGGUGACAGAGACUUCUGACAGAGAAAAGUCUGUUCCUCCUUUGGACCUGGGUGCUUCAGGACGGCCUUCGGCAUUCCAGGUGUAUAAAAAGCAAAACCCCUCACACACUCCGUCAGAGAGGGCAGAGGUUGCGACCUGUGAUGCAACAGUAGGAGGAGCAAGAUCUAAGGUGAAUAUAUUGAACCAGGAGAUGCUUGCCCAUCCACCACUCUCCUGGAAUGUUGGGGCUCCAGCAUUUUUUCCACGUAUCUAUGGACACCAGGGUCCUGCCUUUAUUACCCCAGUGGCUUCCAACUGGCCCAGCCACCCCAGGCAUCCCUCUCCCUGGCUGGAUCAUGGUCAUGUCAGCCAUACACCCCUCAGACCACCUCUGACUAUACCCAGGUCAUGGGCCCUACCAGCUGCACCUCAACUUCCUGGCCAGAACAAUAAGCUUCGUUUAGAAGGGAGGGUUCUUGUGUUGUUACGUGGUGCUCCAGGAUCUGGCAAGUCAACCUUGGCAAGAGCCUUGUUAGAGCAUAACCCAGGUGGAGUUAUACUGAGCACUGAUAAUUAUUUCACUCGACAUGGAGUAUAUCAGUUUGACCCUAAUGAACUCGGAGAGGCUCACAGCUGGAACCACCAACAAGCCAAGGAAGCUUUUCAGAGGGGUGCUAACCCUAUUAUUAUCGACAAUACCAACAUGCAGGGCUGGGAAAUGAAACCCUAUGUGAUCCAGGCGCUGAAUUAUAACUAUAAGGUUCUGUUCAGAGAACCAGAUACUUGGUGGAAGAACAAGCCCAGAGAGCUAGAGAGACGCAACAUGCAUAAUGUCCCAGCAGAAAAAAUCAGACGGAUGCUGAAUGCAUAUGAGCGCUUUGUUACCAUCCAGUCCAUUAUGGGUUCACAGAUGCCUGAGAAGAAACAGUGUUUCAUUCUUGAGGACAAAAGCUCACAGCCAAAAUCUUCCCAAACACCUUGUCCAGACCUUGUUGGUGACCCUGGAUUAACUGAAGGGAGUAAGAAAACCCGCCUUCAGCUAUUUUCAUCCCUACCUGAUGUGUCAUCCAUUGGUCAUUCUGCUGACAUGGGAAUCCUCGGAAACAGCAACCACAAGUCUACUGAGUCACUGACUCUCCAACCUCCUGCAAGACCUUUAGAAAAUCCAGAGAAUACAGAGGGUGAUGAUGACAUCAAUUUAGGAGAUUCAGAUUUUGAGUUGGAUGCCCAGUUAGAGUUGAACCAACUUAGUGGGGAUCAGAGAAUCCCUGACUGCAUUGUAGAGUCUGUGAUGAAUGAAGAGCACUGCAGAGAUGGCAUGCCGGUGGCUUUCUCUGAGUCUAUUGGACAAAGGGUGAGAAGAGAAAGGACAAGCAGGAGGUCUGGUUUUGACAGGCUAGAGCCGGCAGAUCUGGUCAAAGAUACUCACCAGUCAGAGUGUGCCAUAAAGGAGAAAGAGAAGACAGAAGCAGAUGAAGCAGAACGUGUUGAGGUGUUGUGGAAUAGGGGAGAAGUGUUAGAUUUUGUAGGGGACUGGCCUUCUGAGGGAUCACUUGAGCAGCGGCAGGUGAGGAGACAAGAAAGGCUUAAAGAGGGAAAAAACAAAGAAGACGGAGAUGAGCCGGGAGAAGCCAAUGAAAAUGACACAAAAAAAGUUCAGUCAAAGCAUGAUGAGUUUCAGAAGCUGCUUGAUCUUAUUCAGACAGGUGUAGCUGACAUUCAGACUGGCUCAUCCCUGUUACCCUCCCUUUCUCCCAGCUCUGAAGAGGAACUGGAGGCUGAUGUGGAGACAGGUGGUGGGCUUGAAGAAUCCCAGGGUAGUAGUCAGUUGAACAGUGCAGACAACAUGAGCAGGGUUAACAGCAGUAGAGGUGAACUACCAGACUGUGUGUUAGACUGGAAGGCAGCUGACAGUUGUAUGGUCAGGGAGCCGGUUGAAUUAAGAAUGGAUGACUGGGAACAUUGUAAAACUGAAAAUGAAACAAGUGUCACAGGAGAGAACGAUAAUUUAAUAAAGAUGGGUCAAAGAACACAGCUUCUUGAUUUAAAAUCAGCCAACCUUGCAAACUCUCCCUCAAUCACUAAUGCUGAUUCAGAUGUUAUCUUAGAAACCACAGAGGAAAGCUCUAAAGAAAUGGGAAGCCACAGUAUUAGAGAUGAUGUUUGUGCUGGUUUCACUGGAAUGGAGAAUAGUACCUGCACAGAGACUCAAAUGGAGGCAGAGUCACAUACUAGUGAAGUUUGUCAAAGUCCUGAGUUUGAGACUUUUGUGGACCUAGGGGGCAGUCCUUUAGGUGCAGCCUCAGCCAAUCAGGAAACAAAGCAGCGUCAAGGUCGCAGGUCAGGAAAACAAUGCAAACUAGCUCUCACCUUCACACAAAACUGUCCUGAUUUCUCUGUGAAAUCUCCAGAAUGUGUCACUACACCGUCCCCGAACAUCAACACCAGUUUGGAUAGUGGUCACAUAGAUCUCCAGACUAACUCUGAUCCUAAUCCCAAACUGAACCCACUGAAGCCAUACUGUGAGGCAGACCUGCAGCCUACGGUAGAUACAGGCUGCGUCACCCAAACAGAAUCUCAGGACUUUGCCCUCCUUUGGCGUCUGAAUCAACAAAACAACCCCAAUGGUAAAGUUGCUACUGCGUACAGCCACUCUAGUGAUAUCACAGUCAUAUAUGGCAGCCCUUCUCGCUUUGUGCCAGAGGUGACUGGUGCUAUUCCUGCCACAGCUGCAAUUCAACUGUCUGGCCUCAAAGAGGUUCCCUACCGUGUAGUGCAUGAAAAAAGCACGCAGGUGGAGGAGAAAGACCUGGGGGAAACUCAAGACCGCCUUGAAAACCUGCGUAUUCUCAGCCGCCAUUUUAAACUAGUUAGUUUUGACACUUUAGAAGACUUGUAUGAUAAAUGCCAUCUGGACCUAGAGUGGACCACCAACCUCCUCCUGGAUUCCGGAGAGAGGUUCUUUAAAGAUGACGAUGGAGAGGAGGAGAAGCAGGAGUGGCCAGAUGAUCAGAAUAAAUCCAAUGUAUGUGGAGUUUUGGGAAAGGUUGAAGAAAACAUGCUGGGCUUCAAUAUAAAUGAGCAUCAGAUUAAAGAUCAGCCAAAGAUAGGGCUGGCUAUGGGUUUAGAGGGCACUCAACAGGCAAUCAGUUCAUCCAGUGAGUCAAGUAAAAGCUCUAGCAUCCUUACAUUUCCUGGUCCAGCUUCUUCAGUGAGGGAUAAAGAUCAUACUGAUGCAUCAGCACUCUCAGGAAGUAAAGCAGACACUAACACUGAGCACAAAGAGACAAUACAACCUGACUUACAAGGAGGAGCUUGGGGCCUGAGUACAGAUGCUGGAGUGAUAAUCGAAGAGGCGAGUGUUGAAAUGGAGGAUGACGUUUCUAGCAUGGACCAGAUCCACAGGCUGCUGCAGGCUGAGCUUGAAGAGUUGGAGAAGGAGGAAAAACAGAGGGAACAGGAGCAGCGUAAGAGGAGAACCACUGAGCAAAAAAGGAACCAACAUAUGGACAUAAAGAGUGUGGAGCUGAAACUACCCACUGAAGUGGCGCUACAGCUGACUGAGCUGUUUGGUCCUGUUGGAGUAGACCCAGGUGCAUGCUCCGCUGAUGACUAUGAUGUGCAGAUGGAUCUGAACUUGGCUAAACUGCUCCACCAAAAGUGGAAGGAAACCAUCCAAGACAGGCAGAAACAAGCAGCUCUUUCCUUUCACUUGCUUCAAGAAAGUUCAGCUGAGUGGGGUAAAUCAGAGGUGGCUAAACCUUGGCCCAGGGAAAGGACACAAGCAGGAGGUACCAUGCCAUUGGACAGUCAGCUUCCAUUCAUGGACCACUGGAACGUGUCCCGCCAACAUGUCUCUCUCAGAGAUAUAAUAAAAGAGGAGCAGCUUCGGCAGGAGAAUAUGGAGAGGGUCAGACAAAAUCGUACGGAGCUGGAUAAGCGUGAUGGUUCUACUCCACUGAAGGAGAACCAGCUCUACUCUCGCUUCCCCACCAUUGACCGGCAUUUCCUUCUGGACAUUUUCAGAGACCACAAUUACUCCCUGACACAGACCGAGUUGUUUCUUCGCUCUCUGCUGGAUGAAGAGCCUGUUAAGACAGUGGUUGCCCCUGAAGCACCUCGGACCAACCACCACAGAACAGCCAGCAAGGAGAGGGAGAAGAGGCACAAGCCUGUGGAAGCAGUGAGGCCCGUCUACCAGGACCCAGAGGAUCCAGAGUACCAGGACUUCAGGGCCGAGGCUGACCUGCAGAGGAGGCGACAGCUCGAGAGUUUUGCCAAAGCAGCUGAAGCGUAUAAGCAAGGACACAAGGAAGUGGCCUCCUUCUAUGCUCAACAGGGUCACUUGCACGGCCAGAGGAUGCGUGAGGCCAAUCAUCGAGCAGCGGUUCAGAUUUUCGAGAGGGUCAAUGCGUCACUGUUGCCCAAUAAUAUCCUGGACCUCCAUGGUCUACAUGUUGUCGAAGCCGUGCAGCAUCUGGCCCAGGUUUUAGAGGACAAGACUGCAGAUUGUGAGCAGGGUCUGUGUCGACCUCAGCUCUCUGUCAUCACAGGAAGAGGGAACCACAGCCAGGGGGGAGUGGCCCGCAUCCGUCCCGCUGUUAUAGACUACCUCACCAACAAGCACUACAGGUUCACCGAGCCAAAGCCAGGCCUCGUCCUGGUUUCGUUGAAAUGAAAACAAAUUGCUUUAUUGGAUUUAAACUCAAGCUGCUAUGGAAAACAACGCUCUGUUUGCCUCACUUUAACUCCACAUUUAUUAUAAUAUAGAAAAUAUGGUGCUUUCAGUCAGCUCUACUCAUUUCAGUCUUACUUUUUUAUUUAGUCUCCUCUCUCCCAUUUUAAGACAUUGCUAAUCUUUAUUCAGUUCUUAAUCAGGCCAUUUUUUCAAGAGAACUGUAUUUAUGUAAAAGAAAUAAUGCAUCCUUAUAGCUAGAAUGUAUAUUUAUAUUUAAAGAUGAUGUAGGAUGACGCUUUCAAUUUACCUUUGUCUUUUAAAGAGUUUAUAAAAUCCAUGUUAAAAGGCUUGACUUUAAACAAGGGGUUAUUUAGUAUUAUUAUGAGAUCACUGCAGAGUCUUUUUUGAGACAAACAUUUUAUCAAACUUUAAUUGAAUCAUCAUUGCGUAUUGUUUGAAGAUGUGAGACAAUUUAUGUAUUUUAUGUGACGCCAUUUCUAGUUUGACUCUAAUCAGAGGUUUUCUUCUUAUAAGAAAGAAAAUGUGUUUUCCUGUUUGUGCUGUUUUACAGUGGAUCUUUCUCACCAGGAGGUGAGGACUAAACUCCUAAGUUGAUCAGAGGUCAUGAAGUAGUUUGAAGAACCUCCGCUGUGAGGUGGAGGUUUACAGCUGCCUCAGCUUGAAACUGUAGCCAUUUACAUGUACUACGUGGUUGUACACACACUCACUGGGCCAAUUUUAGCUGCUGCUGACAUAAUUACACUCAGUUUUCUUUUCUUUUUAGGCCAGUUAGUUAUUUCAGCAUAUUCCUCUUGUUUUUGAACACAUUGUGCCAAAUUUUCUAGGAGUUGUACUACUCAGGUUGCUACCAUUAUUGGUAGGUUUGGAGUUGUUUUUUUGUUUUUCUUAACCGUUGUGAUCUUUUUCAUAAAGGUGAAACUAUGAUGACAGAUUUUACAGAAUGUACAUAAUGUUACAGAAAACAUUAAUGCUAAAGAAAAUAUUGUAUUUUUUUUAUUCAUUGGUCUAAGGUUUUACAUAAAUGACUGUAUAUUGUAAUAAAAUUGUAUGUGUUUACAGUUU